AUAUUGUUAGUUCUCCGGGUGUCAUUCAUCAUGGCUGUCCCUGCUGGAAGGUCUGUGGUCUUCGUCACUGGAAACGCAAAAAAACUCGAAGAGGUCGUUCAGAUCCUGGGAGAUAAAUUUCCCUACAAGCUAGUGUCGAAAAAGAUUGACCUGCCUGAAUACCAAGGAGAGCCAGAUGAGAUUUCCAUACAGAAGUGUAAGGAGGCUGCACGGCAGAUUGAUGGGCCCGUCAUAGUGGAGGACACCUGUCUGUGUUUCAAGGCUUUGGGAGGCCUGCCUGGUCCUUACAUAAAAUGGUUCCUGGACAAACUCAAGCCAGAAGGCUUGUACAAACUCCUAGCUGGGUUUGAAGAUAAAUCAGCGUGGGCUCUCUGUACUUUUGCUUUCUCUGCUGGGAAAGAUGAACCAGUCCAGCUCUUCAGAGGGAAAACAGAGGGACACAUUGUGGAACCCAGGGGACCUCGAGACUUUGGUUGGGAUCCAUGUUUCCAACCAGACGGAUAUGACAAAACCUAUGCUGAACUGCCCAAACAAGUGAAGAAUUCUAUCUCUCAUCGCUACCGGGCGCUUGCUGCCAUGUCUGAGCACUUCUCUCAAACCAACAAUACCUCCCCACAGAGCAAGAAGAAGAAGCAGGAGGAUUAAAGAGUCAGGUUCUAAAUCUGGAGCAAAAUGUAUCAAACCUCAAGUCAUCAGAAGAUACCUCUGCAUUGUGAAAUCUGAUGACUUGAGGUUUGAUACAUUUUGCUCCUUAUUGCACAUUGUUUUAUUGUUGUGUCAGAAAAGUUUUGUAGAUAACAGAUGAUCACAAUGUGUAUUUCUGCAAUGGAAAAUGUGCAGAAUUAUAUUGGUUUUACCUUAUUUUGAAUAAAUGUUUGUUCAUUUUUCUUUGUGAAGAUUUCUAUGCGUCAGUGGUUAGAUGGGGAGUUUCAGUAACUAAUAUGGAAAGAUAGCGGAAAUUGUUGCAAGCCUUCUUUUCAUUUCAUUGUUCCACAGUGGAUACUAAAAGACAACCUUUUGAGUUUUUGCUUCCAAGGUCUGAGAAAGAUAGUCUUGGAGAAGAGCAUAAAUUACUUAAAGAGGAGCUCCAGGAUCCUGAUGAGAGCAGCAGACCGCUCUGUGGCCGAGACUGGAUCCUGGAGUUGGCGAGCGAAGGAGAGGAUGUUCAGGCUGGAGUCCACCCCCCCCCCCCCCCCCGGGUGGGAGGAGGUGGUCUCUGAAGAAGGAAGAGGAGGAUGAGGUGGAGAGGGGGAUAAUACGGGAGUUUGGGGACCCUGGAGCUGGAAGUUGAGCAGGAACUAUGCAUACACCUGUGACAGAUGCCUCCCAGAUGUACCGAAAAUGUCACACAUUAACCAACUCAUCCUCUGAGUGAGACGAUGAAGACAGCAGAAACAACUAAUUCAACACAGAUUUAACAACACUUUUUCUUAAAAUUACUAUUUUCCUCAGUUAUUUAUAUUAUAUGGAGCUUUUCCAAUCAUGUACAAGAAAACCUUUGCACCUGGUUGUUGGAAACAAUACUUGGCCAGUAAAAGAAGGUGCUGUAGGUUGUGAAAUGACUGGAUCACUUUGUUUGCUUAGCCCUAUAGUUUUGUUUGGGGACUUGCCAGGAAGUAGCAAGUUGUUGUGAGAAGGAACAGGAAAGCUGCAUUUGUCUUCAUCAGAGAGACUUCAGUUCACUUGUCAGCCAAGUUUUUUUUAACAGAACGUGGAAGAUGUGUGCCAGACUUCAGUUCACUAGAGGUCAAAGACACUGCUGUGUGCCCCUCCUUUUUCCUCUGUGGCUCAAACUCAACACACUGUCAGUGCUGUAGCAUUCAGGGGGACCUCCAAGCUACUGCCAGUUACAGUAUGUAUUUCUGAGAAUUUAAAAGAUGUACUUGUUUUUUUUUAUGGUAUCUGUUCUUAUUGUGUUCACUGUGGCACUGAAGCGUUUUGCAGAGGAGAGAAUGAGAAUAAAUUCUAUCAAUCUUGAACCAUA